AUGGCCGCGGUCAGUGCUCACCAUGCGGGCCAGGAUAUAGCGAGCCUUGGUUAUGCCCAGCCUGUUAACCAGGGGUCAGAGGAUGUGGAAAUGUCGGUUCUCUGGGUGGAACACCUGCUGACCAUACAACUACCAGUCAUCGGCCGACAACUGCCAGUGGGUGAUGUUGGCAAUCCCAGUUCCCAGUACAAGCGGAACGGAAACAUUCUGGGAGCGGUGUGGGGAUUGGUCACGUACCUACUGGACAUCGGCAGCGAUUGGUACCUGGUUGUGACAUACUUUCUUGAUGGCCACAUCGUCUGGGCCUGCUUGACCUUGGCCUUUAUUCUCGUACCGCAGCUAUUCAUCGCCUUUAUCGGGCUCAUGUGGUACAAGCCCAUCUACGCAUUCAAGGAUAUGAUACGCGGCCACCAGCCAGAUAUCUGUCGAACGUACUUUAUCUUGAAAACCGAAGGUAGUCUUGACAGUGACAGCAUCAUUCAUCUGCUAACCAUCCUUACCAGCCAUUCCUCGCAGGAUGUUCGAUAUGUGGACUACCUCCGCUACAGCCCUUAUUCAGAAUCGGCGUCCUCCUACCGAUUUUGGGCCAGCCAGCUCUCCAUCACCGCUCGUCUCCGCUUCCUGGAAUCCUGCCUCGAAUCGCUGCCGCAGUUGGUGCUGCAGAUCUACAUUGUUUUGACCUUUGGGUCGCCUUUCCAUUGGAGCGUGCUGCAAGUCACCCAAAUCUGUUCCAUUGUCUUCUCACUCAUUUCCGCCACGGCUGGCAUCGUUCUGCUCCACGGUGCCGUCAACAUCCGCCGCAAGCUCCUCCGUAAUCCGGCCAUCCGCUUCUGCCUUCCGGCACAAUGUUUGCUCGGCCCGUUCCUACACUUUUUUGGCCGAUUGUUCAUCCUCUCCGCGCGCUGCUUCACUAUUGCGGUUAGUGUACGGUAUUUCCCUGGAAUCGCUGGGGCCGUGUUAUGCGGUCAUUUUAUUACGAUGAGCGUUUGUGUGCGUGUCUUCGAAUUGGGUCACGUUUUGAGCUGGACGCUGUGCGACACCCGUGGCAUCCGGGUCCGUGGUGUCAGUCGGAUUAUGGGUGCAUUGGUGCGCUACGUCAUCGUGCCGUUUAUGUAUUUGUUCGACUAUGUGGACGAAAUGGACAACGGCGGUUUAGGUCGGAAAAAGUACUUUCCUUGGUUAUACUGUGCCCUGCAUUUCACCGAAAAUGCUGCGUUGCUGGUAGUGUGUAGCGGAUAUUCAUGGACGGCUAUAGCGAGCGUACUGGGCAUAUCCUUUAGCGGAAUGGGUUUGGUGCGGUUGUACUGCCGUUUGUAUGUUUUCGGUACGGAUCUCAUCACGGUGGCCAGUAAUACGUUGGGGUUCGAGAAUUUCCCGGCACCUUUAACCGUGAAUAUCCGCAGUAACGUGGACGGAUAA